UCUCUUUUUUUCUCACGAUAAAGUAUCGCGCGUCGCUUAAUUGGCCAGCUCGCUGUGCAGCGUGUUUUUCUCAUUUUGUAUUUCCCCGUCACUUCCCCGGUGCACUUUCUUAAUCGCACAUUCUUUCGGGCGUGAGUGUCGCCUUGGCAGACGCGCGUCGCGUUCGCGGAAUACCUCUUGACAUCGGCGGCAGCAUUUGACGAUAGCAAAUCAUAACAAACAUGACGUCGUGGUUAUAAGGCAAGAUAUUAAAAAGGGUGUUGCGGAGACGUUGUUAGACAGAAACACAGAGGUAUGUGGGAUGUCGCGCUCAUCACGAGGACGUUUCGCAUGAGCGAGCGCAUUAUCAGUCCACAGCUUGUCAGCCUUGGACGCCGAUAGCGAUUAAACAAAAUUACAGUUUGCUGGUUUGUACGAACAUCAUUUGAUCAGUCGAUAAAUGUCUAGCCGCCGUUGUCGUCGUCGCUGUUCCUCAAAGUGCUCCGAAACGAGUCUCUCCCGCUGCUUUUUCACCGGCCUCGCUCCGACAAGUCCGCGAAAAUCGACCGCCGCGCAAUUGACUCGUCGAGGAUCCCCCGGGCGAGGAAAUUCACGUCCGAUCGCUCUUUCUCUCUCUCUCUCUCUCUCUCUCUCUCUCUCUCUGUGUGUGUGUGUGAUGUCGAACACGUGCGCGCUCGAUCUUUCCCCCAUAUACUCGCUCUCGAGAGAUUACUCGUAAUUUGCGAUAUGUCGCUUCAACUGGAUUACAAUGACAACGAGCGCGAUGAUAGCGAGCGAUUAGAUAACAGACACAUAAUUACUAUCCUGUAAAUCACGUAACGCCGAGAGACUAAUUAAAUUACCGCGGACGUCUCGACGUUAACGCCAGUCCGGAUUUACACGGUGAACGAGGGCGAGGGCGGUGGAGGAAGGAGAAAAAAAAGAGAGGAGUGAGAAAACGGGAUGAAACAGCGUGUCGGUUGAAUUUAGACCGAGAACGUGCCCCGCUUUACCCGUCCGCGGGCACGUAGCCAGGAUUGCGCAAAAUUUUCUCAGCCAAAGGCAUCCAGCUUUUCGCUCCCGCGUUCGCGAGCGCUCGCGAGCGAGUUUCGGGGACAACAGGACGAGUGUAAACACUUUUCGGGCUUUGAGGAUACAGCUUGACUUAAGGAACGCCCAGUUGGACGGAAAUAAUAUUGUGGGAAUUGCGGGAAACGCCGAGCGACCUGGUGCAUCCACCGGCAGCUCUAAUCGCCGUGUUGCUGAUUGUCGGGAAUGCCGAGAGUCGACGUUAGUUUCGACAGGGAUUACAUUGAUUGGAAGCGAUAUUUUGAGAAUACAACGCGAGAACCGAAGACGUACGUUUCGCCGCAUGGGUGCCUGGGUUGACGAUCGUUUCGCGGAGGAGGAGACGGUCCCAAGUGAUCAAAGUACCAGUUGGACUUGGAGAAUCCGAGGUCACGAUUGCAAUGGUGGUGGAGCAUUGCAUGGUCGACCGGGUGCCGACUAUCAAUCGCCAACAGGCAGCUUCACGUCGACUUGGUCGUCAGCAUCCUUGUUACCGUUGCGCCGUCAGUUCAGCAGGCAGCUCUACGAGUGGCCUUGUUUACCGUUGUUUAAGUCAAGGACGAAACUAGAUCUCUGCUGAGUCGAUCAUUCCGUGGAGAACGAGAAAAAGAGAGAGUGAGAGAGUGAGAGUGAGAGAGAGAGAGAGAGAGAGAGAGAGAGAGAGAGAGGGAGCCGAUUUCCCGAGUUUUUGUUGUCGCGCGUGUGUGCUUGUCGUUUGUAUGUGUGCGUGUGCGUGCGAAUCGUACGGAAGUGGCGCCGAGGAGAGAAUAGUUGGAUCGCCCGGAAGCCUGCCAUCGCCGCAGGUGAUUACCGAAAGUGCGAGCCGCCGGCACUCUUCGUCCCAUCAGCAUGGCCGAGUGGACCAAAUUCAACAGUGAGGACAAGUUGACUCGAUUGACCGAGGAACGAGCGAACAACGGCAGGAUCGGAAGCCAAUUGAACGCCGUGGAAGCGAACGAAGAUGAAGAUCGCAAAGAGCUCGUACGAGAGUCACGUACGUCGAACGAUCGAGGUGAUCACGAUCGAGAUCACGAGGAAACGGUCGAGAAUUCGAACUCGGCCCGGGAAUCGGAGAACGUCGUCAAGCUUCGAAACAGUCCCGAGCCGCUGGAGAAUUCGCGAAAACAACAAACAGAAGAAGACAAAGAAGAAGAUAGACUCAUAGAGGACAAUAGAUUCGCAGACGGCAAGACAGAGGAGUCAGGUGGUGGGAUACGCCGAGAGAUGCGUCAAGAGCUGAAAGAAAUCUCGCAAAAUCCGCAGAAUUCACCGAGGAGGCCCAACAGCCUCUACAAAGAGGACGCGCCCAGUCCGCCCACCAGGAUCUUGUCGUCCAAGAGCCACUCGUCGACGGAAAAGAGCACGGAGAAGCUCGUGAAUGGCAAGUCGCCCAAGGAGGACAAGCAGCAGCACCAUGUGCAGUUCAACAAAGAAUCCAAGAAACAACAGCUGCGCAACGCGACCGAGGAACGGCCGCAUCCGAGCCCGUCAAUCUCCACGUCGACCACGUCGAGUAGCUCCGAGGACAAUUCCAGCCUGGGACAGUUCUGCGAGGCUAGGCCGCCCGACGGUGGUUGGGGCUGGGUCGUCGUCGCGGCCUCCUUCAUGGUGAAUCUCAUCGCGGACGGCAUCACCUUCUCAUUCGGCGUGAUAUUCGUCGAGUUCCUGAAUUACUUCGGUGAGGGCAAGUCGAAGACCGCUUGGAUCGGCAGCCUCUUCAUGGCGAUGCCGCUGUUGUCAGGGCCGGUCGCCAGUUUCUUGACCGACCGAUACGGCUGCAGGAAAGUUUCGAUAGCCGGCAGCAUACUGGCGACCGCGGGCUUCGUCAUAAGUUCCUACGCGAACUCCAUGGCGGUGCUCGUGUUGACGUUCGGUAUCGUCGCUGGCUUCGGCUUGUCCCUGUGCUUCGUCGCGGCAGUGGUGAUCGUCGCGUACUACUUCGACAAGAAGCGAUCCUUCGCCACAGGCUUGUCUGUCUGCGGUAGUGGCAUUGGAACCUUCAUCUUCGCACCUGUCACGCAGUAUCUUCUGGCCGAGUACGGCUGGAGAGGCACCACGCUGAUUUUGGCCGGCUUAUUCUUGAAUCUCGCUGUAUGUGGCUGCUUGAUGAGAGACCUCGAGUGGACCACCACGAGGGCAAAGGCGAAGACCGAGAAAAGGAAGAAAAAUCGAGAGAGGAAGAUAUCCAAGAUGCAGAGCUCCAGCGCGGACUCUUUCUCCGCGUGCAGUUCCGCGAACACGACCACGCAGACCCCUCAUGGCGGCUCGAAGAGAGGCUUCGCAUCGGCUAACGCGAUGAUCAUCGAGAACCUUCGUUCGCAGGACGGCGACGGGGACGGCGAGAAGCUGUUUUCCAGCCUGGUGAGCCUGCCCACCUUCGUCAAGAACGGCGAGAAGGUGCCGUUGGAGGUGCUGGAGUUGCUCAGUACACGGAAGAACAUCUACAACGUCCUGCUGCAGAACUAUCCGAGUCUGCUGAUAUCGUCGAGGAGCUUCAGCGACUCUGGCGCGCUGCACGACCAGCUGAGUACACCGUCGGCUCGGUUCAUACCCACACCGAGCCCCUUGGCCGAGUUGAAGGGCGAAGACGGCAAGGACAAGUGUCCGCACAACAACGACGAACGUGGCAACGUCCGCGGCGGCGAGCGACAGCAGCAGUCGACGGAUCAACCGUCGUACUUAUGGUGGUUGAGGAAGAUCGAUCCCGACGCCUCGUUGAGACGCUCUAGCACGUUGGAACAACCGAGGAGGCUGCCCACUGCCUACCUGAAGGACAUCCGAAUGCACAGGCACAGCUUGACUUACAGAGGCGCCAUGCUCAACAUCAAUCGGUACCGCCUGCGGGCCUCGAGCUGCCCGGAUAUCUACCGGAACUCGAUGACCACGAUCGCCAAGACGAAGCUGGUCUGGUACGCCGGGCUUUGGGAGUUCUGGGACCUGAUCGUCGACAUGCUGGACUUUUCAUAUUUCACCAACUCGAGAUUCCUGCUGUUCGCCAUCAGCAACUUUCUCCUGCACACGUGGUACGACGUGCCUUAUGUCUAUCUGACGGACAACGCGAUCGAGGUUGGAUUCAGCGAAACCGACGCGUCUAUACUGAUCUCGGUGAUCGGGAUCACUAACAUGGGCGGCGAGAUUAUUCUGGGCUGGGCCGGCGACAGGGCAUGGGUGAACGCGUCUAUCGUUUAUGCGGUGUGCAUGGCGCUCUGCGGUGCUGUUACCGCUCUGAUACCCGUAGUUGUCAACGACUACUAUACUCUAUGUGCAAUCUCUGGUGCCUUUGGAUUAUUCAUCGCAGCAAAUUACAGCCUCACUAGCAUCAUCCUUGUCGAGCUGAUCACCUUGGAAAGAUUCACGAACGCUUACGGCCUUCUGUUACUGGUGCAAGGAGUCGCUAAUCUGAUGGGUCCCCCGCUAGCUGGGUGGCUGUACGAUAUCACGGGUACGUACGACCUGUCCUUCUACUUGGCCGGGUUAUUCAUCGCGUUGAGUGGUGUGCUGUUGCUGGUGAUGCCUCUAUUCGGCUUGUAUCGACGAUACCGGGAUGGAUCUAAGGAGGAGGCAACCGACAAGGAGUUUACUGCGAUCAACAACGUGUAAAUACGCCGAAAUUUAUUGUGAGGGGAGCCAGCCAGAGACGCCACAAGCGUGCGGCCGCGGCGCGCCGGAUUCCAAUUGCAGUUGGUAAUCGCGGUGUCACGAGGGAAUUGCGACAGCUCGCGGGAAUUGCCAACGGGCACUUGUUAAUUUCAUAGCAGUAUCGCUCCGCGACGCGACGUACAAUAAUCAUACGCGAGUCGCUCGAGCCGGCUGUGGUGUAUUACGUAAUUAUAAGUUUGAUGAAAUGUCCACCAUCACCACCACUACUACAACCACCACCACCACCACCACCACCACCACCACCACCACUAUCAUCACCCUCCCCCCAUCCACCACUUCUGCGGUCAGUCACUCCGUCGACUUUUUCCCCCGACCACAUUGACUAAAUAACGAGUGAGCGAACGAACGAACGAGCGAACGAGCGAGUGAUCGAGCGACUCACCCGAGGAAUGUUUACGUAAGAUAGAUCGUGACAAGGUCCGCGAUUCCGCAUAAUUAUCAGUAAUCGACACUUUCGCCAAAAAAUUUCGCGCGAGGAAAUAAUCGGAAUCACAGCGUUAAAUCUUUUAAAUCGUCGCGCAAGAUGGGGAUUAUAUUCCGUGUGUGUGUGUGUAUGCAUGUAUGAGAGAGAGAGAGAGAGAGAGAGAGAGAGAGAAAAUGAGUGAACAUAAUUUUAAUUAUUUACGAUAUGUAGCGUAGGAUGAUAUUACGAUAUAACGAGUAAUAUGUACAUGUACAAAUUAGGCAAACACACACACGCCGCUCGCAAGAGAAAUUUUACGAAGUCGCGGGAGAACUCUCGCCGGAUAAAAUCCGCACGCGGGAGUUUGCGCGAAUCGCCGUCGAUCGAUUGUACCUUGCUCUUAAAAGGGGUGAUGAACGGCCA